AUGCCAUCCUCAGAGUCCAACCAGAUGAUCGAGACAAGACCAUCAUCAGCUGGUGAUCCGCCACCUCCUGCAUUGACUCCCUCUGCCAACGUUCCCCGCUCUUCCAAUGCCAGCACCACCAACAUCACACAGCGAACAAAGCGCGCCACCAUCGCCAAUUCAGAACCUGACAUGCUCGAAAAGGGUCAAGCUGGCUCUUCCAACGAAGAUUCUUCUGCUCUCUCACGCACAUUGUCCUCAUCCGAUUCUGCAACAAGAACCACAUCCAGACGUGAUAUGCACCACGACCAGUCCUCUAUUCGUGAGGGUCUCGGUGGGCCCUUCGCUGGUCCUCCUCGCAGAGCCACAAUGGAAUCUAGAAACACUCGACGUUCCUUCACCGAUCUCUUUACACCAGAGCAUCGUCUUGCUAAAGCACCCGGCACAUUAGCCAGUUUCAAGAACAUCCUUUUCGGUUCCUUGCUCAACAUCCUUUUGCUCUUUAUCCCAGUCUCUUGGGCACUUCAUUUUGCUCUUGACCAGAAUGUUGUCAAGAACGGCAUCAUCGUCUUUGUCACUUCUUUCCUUGCAAUCAUGCCGCUUGCAACGAUGCUCUCUCAGGCAACUGAAGAGCUCUCGCUUCGUGUUGGCCAGACUAUCGGUGGUCUCGUCAACGCUUCGUUCGGUAACGCAGUCGAGUUGAUCGUCGCCAUCGUCUCGCUCUUCAACUGCGAGCUGAUCAUCACUCAGACUUCGCUCCUCGGUUCAAUCCUCUCCAACUUGCUCCUUGUACUCGGCACAUGCUUCUUUGUCGGUGGUCUCCGCGUCAAAGAGCAAGUCUUUCUUUCAGCACCCGCUCAACUCAACACUUCACUCCUUAUGAUGGCCGUCAUCUCUCUCGUCAUCCCUUCUGCCUUCCAUGCCGUGCUCGGCAACAUCCCUGACAACACCGAACGUGGCGACAUUCUCCAAUUCAGCCGUGGUGUAUCCGUCUUACUCCUCCUCAUCUACAUUGGAUUCCUCUACUUUAGUCUCUCCUCUCACAAAGAGUUGUUCGAAGACGACGGAGAUGACGAGCAAGAAGAAGAGCAACCGCAAAUGAACAUGGUUUCCAUCGUCAUCUCGCUCAUCCUUGUCACUGUCCUUGUUGGUGUCACUUCCGAAUGGCUCGUCGAUUCCAUCAACGUCGUCGUCUCCACCGGUGGUAUCUCACGUACUUGGAUCGGUCUCAUUCUCCUCCCCAUUGCCUCUAACGCUACGGAGCACUUGGCUGCCGUCAUUUUCGCAUGGAAGAAUAAGAUCCAAAUGGCUAGCAGUAUCGCCAUCGGCUCUUCCAUCCAGAUCGCACUCUUUGUCAUCCCGCUAUUGGUGCUGAUCGCUUGGAUGGGAGAUAAGCCUUUGACAUUGUUGUUCGAUCCAUUUGCAACCAUCUUGCUCUUCCUAACAGUGUUAAUCGUCAACUUUGCUAUCGCCGACAACAGGUCGAACUACUUGGAAGGAUUCGUUUUGAUCAUGGUCUAUCUCAUCGUUGCCUUGACGGUUUGGUUCGUUCCUGACGACCUUGCUGAUGCCUUGUUCUCUGACGAGUACUGCAAGGCUCGAUAG